AUGGAGAAUCGUGACAAGGUUCUUGAUGAAAUCAAACCCACAUUUGAUAAGAAACCUGUGAUUUGCAAGCCAUGGCACAAGGAUAUUGUAGACUUCAAGGAUGAGGUUAAGGUGGUUCCUAUAUGGAUCCAUUUAAAGAAUCUGGAAUUAAAAUUCUGGGGGGUACGAAGUCUAAGUAAGAUUGUUGGGUCUAUUGGGAAAUUCUUACAAGCUGAUCAAGCAACAGUCCAUAGGGAUAAGUUGCAGUUUGCUAGGGUUCAAAUAGAGGUUGCAGUGAUUCAGAAUCUUCCUGAUAAGGUGCAAUUUCAAGAUGAGCAUGGUAAACUGAAAUGUAUCAAUAUAGGAUAUGAAUGGAAACCCAUUGUGUGUGAAAACUGUAAACUUCUGGGGCAUCUUGCUGAAGACUGUAGGAAGAAGAAAGGCAAAAAGAAGUGGGUGGAUAAGGUGGUGAGCGAAGAUGUAGUGGCUAAACCAACUGAUGAGUUUGUACAGGCAACUAGAACUGUGCAACAUAGAAAGGAGACUACAACACCUGUGAUGGUAACUAAUUCUUUCCAUGUAUUGGAUGUUCUGGGUGUUGCAGAGGAAACAGGGGAGAAAUCUGGUGUUUCAGGUAGUGGGAGAAACCAAGAAUCAAUUGAUGGAGGUGGAAUACCUCCUGAUAUUGAUGGAUAG